UCUAUAUGAAAUGCUAACACUGGCCAAUAAAAAGUAAACAAAACUUUGCGAGUCUUAAAUUGUGAUGAUUGUUAUAUAGUAGUUUUAGCUUUCUAGUAUAACUGUAAAUCAGAGCAACGAUUUUUUUGGAAUAGUGGUAAAUAGCUACAUAAGGUAACUUCAAAAACUCAAUGUCCCUAAUUGAUUGAUAUAUGGACAUGACCUGUUAAAAGGUAUACAAAUGUAACAACAACAGGAUACUGUGAGCUAAUAAAUUAUAAUUACGUGCUCGGCAUCCAGCUACAUCAUCGCCAUGGAUCAACAAAAACAAAAAUAUGAUGAGAGCGAAACAGGAGAACCUGCUAAAUUCAAUCCCUCUGUUCAGAUAAAGAUGGAAGAAAUCGAAAUAAUAAAUGUAAAGGUUAAAAUAGAACCUGAACAGCAGACAGACAUAAGGCUAUUAAAAGGGAAUUUUUGCAGCAAGUUGAAUGAAAGUCCUUAUAAAUGUGAAACGUGUGGAAAACACUUUCCUAGGCGCAAUCGGCUCAACGAACAUAUGAAAAGUCACAAUGCUAGAACUCACAAAUGUGACGUGUGUGAGAAAGCAUUUCAUAGACUCAGCCAGCUUAAUGUACACAAAAAAACUCACUCGGAUGAAAAACCAUACAAAUGUGAAUUCUGUGGAAAGAGACUUCGUACGCGCAGCAAGCUGAAAAUACACACGGAUACUCACUCAGACAAGAAAUACUACUGUGAAGUGUGUGGGAAAGCUUAUUCUACACCCAGCAAUCUCGUGACUCACAAGGAAAUCCACAUGAAGGAAAUUUCCUACCACUGUGAUGUAUGUGGAAAAGAAGUUUCCUCACGCAGCAAACUUGUAUACCAUAGGCAAAUUCACACAACCGGAAAACCCUACAAAUGUGACAUCUGUAGGAAAGACUUUCGUCUGCCCGGUCAGCUUAGAGCACAUUCACUUUCUCACACAGAUAAUAAAAAUCACAGCUGUGAAGUGUGUGGAAAGGAAUUCAAAUUUCGCGGUGGCUUAGAACGUCAUUUGCGAAUUCACACAAAUGAAAAACCGUACAAAUGUGAACUUUGUGGUAGACAAUUUCGUCAAAGCAGCAUCCUCAACAUCCAUAUGUAUAUUCACACCGGUGAGAAGCCCUACGGCUGUGAUGUGUGCGGAAAAGAAUUUCGGUAUCGCAAUUUACUCGCUCUUCAUAGGUCAGAUCACACCACAUCCCCGAAUAGGUAUGAAUUGAAGGGUGAUGAACUAGACGAGCACUAGACGAAUAAAUAUAUUUUUGUAAAUCUA